GCGUUUCCGGGGAAGCCCUGCCGGAGCCGCGGGAACUCCUUCCUGUGGUGCCGCCUCUGGCUCCCGGGUUUGGCCCUUCCUCGGACACCACUCCAGCUUCGCUUCUCUUUGGGUUCCAGUGGAGCCCGCCUGGCGGUAGCCAUGGCAGCAGGCUCCGGGGCGACCAUGGCUACCAUGGAGGAAGGUGAACAUGUCAAACCGUUUACACCAGAGAAAGCAAAAGAAAUCAUAAUGUCUUUACAACAACCUGCGGUCUUCUGUAACAUGGUGUUUGAUUGGCCGGCACGACACUGGAAUGCUAACCACCUUUCUGAAGUCCUUCAUGGCAAGCAGAUACGAUUCAGAAUGGGACUGAAAAGCACGGGCACAGUUCCUCAGUUUGAAACUACAUGUAAUUACGUAGAUGCUACACUUGAAGAAUUUCUGACCUGGAACUGUGACCAGUCUAGUAUUUCUGGACCAUUUAGAGAUUAUGAACAUUGCAAAUUCUGGGCUUAUGCUGACUAUAAAUAUUUUGUCAGUCUAUUUGAAGACAAGACAGAUAUUUUUCAGGAUGUGAAAUGGUCUGACUUUGGGUUUCCUGGAAGAAAUGGACAGGAAAGUACACUGUGGAUCGGCUCCCUGGGAGCCCAUACACCCUGUCAUCUGGACUCCUAUGGCUGCAACUUAGUAUUCCAGGUACAAGGAAGGAAAAGAUGGCAUCUCUUUCCUCCUGAAGAUACUCCUCUCCUUUAUCCAACUAGAAUCCCUUAUGAAGAAUCUAGUGUGUUCAGCAAAAUCAACGUUGUCAAUCCUGAUUUAAAGCGUUUUCCCCAGUUCCAGAAAGCUCAAAGACAUAUAGUUACGCUGAGCCCAGGACAGGUUCUGUUUGUUCCCAGACACUGGUGGCAUUAUGUAGAAUCCAUUGAUCCUGUCACUGUCAGUAUAAACUCAUGGAUUGAGCUGGAAGAGGAUCACCUAGCCCGGGUGGAAGAGGCAGUCACCCGCACGCUUGUGUGCGCCCUGAAGACUGCAGAAGAUCCACACAAUACCCGAGCGUGGUUAAACCCCACUGAGGUUGAAGAAAUAUCCCAUGAAGUCAAUUGUCACUACUUAAAUGGAGCUGUUUCUGCCUUUUUUAAUCAUUAUAGAACAUCAAAUGCAACAGAAAUCCAAGCACUGAAAAGAAAUGGACAGCAUAUGGAAAAGGAAGAACUAAAUGUGUGCAACCACACGGAGGCAGGCCAGACACAUAGCCAGACCUUCGCCACGGGAACGGUGAAACAGGAGGCAGCAAGUCCCUUUGGCCCUGAUCUGGUCCCUGUAACACAGAAGUCUGAAGAGCCACCUUCAGAAAGAGGAGGCCUGUCUGAAAGUGAUGGACAACACUUUGGAAAAUUACAUUGUGCCAAGAGGCAAAAAAUGAUGAGUAACAGUGAGAAUGCAAUUGUGGAACAAGUUGCUUCUAGUAGCUUUACAGCCCCUUCUCAGACAUUCAUUUCUACAGAUGACUUGCUGGACUGCUUGGUGAAUCCACAAGUAACCAGGAUGGUGGCACAGCUUUUGAUACAGGGAAGACAUUUGUGAUGCUAAUAGAAGAUGAUUUUCUAAAUAAUAUUUUUAAAAUAUAUUUUUAAAUAAUAUGAUAUUAAAGUAACAGAUGGAACUGUAAAUGGUCGUUUUGCACACGUUUGUAAAUGUACUUAUUCUUACAUCAUUAAAUUUCAGUCUG